AUGCCGAGGGAGAAGACUGCGAUGAAGAAGGUGAAGAGGGUCGAGAUUUGGAACUCGUUUCGGUUAUUGGAGCUGAGGAGGUUGAGGAUGGCGUCGUCGUCGGUGGUGUUGAGGAGCAGGAAGGCGAGGGAAAUGGACCUUGUGGUUUGGGGUGGUGCUGCAGAUGAUGAGGGCAAUGAUGGUUGGCACGGUAUGAUAAGCAAAGAAGAAUUCGUCCGUGUUGUUGAGGCGGCCUUGGUUUCUUUAGGAUUCAGUGACACUAUGCUCGCGUUUUAUAAGGAGAUGCGUAACAAAUUGGGUUUUCUGAAGCCAUCUAACAAGUUUAGGGAACAUAUAAUUGAAGGGAAUUGGGCCGAGGCGUCUGAGUUGGUUGGGCAAAUGGACAUGUCGGAUGUCGAUAGAGCUAGGGUGCUGAUAAAAAUUCAGGAACAAAACUUCCGUGAAUUACUGAAAGUUGGAAGAAAAGUCGAUUGUAUGAGUGUAUUCUACCAGAUGACCAAGCUUGGUCUUGAUGAAGAGAAAACAGUGCAACUCUUGCAGCUGUUUUCGAAUCCUGAACACGAUAUGCCACCGGACAGAAAGAUUUUGCUGAAAGAGGUUGGGAAGCUGUUGCCACCGGGAAUAAUUUUGGAUAACAGGCUAAUAGAGCUUUUAGAACAAGCUCUCUCUCAUCAAAAGGAGUCAUGCAUCUAUCAUAAUACUCCAUUGAAGAAGAUGUCUCUUUUUAGGGAUCAUCUUUGUGCUGAUAAUAGGAUUCCGAGCAAACUUCAGCAGGUCCUAACUCGUCAUGUGCAUAGAACGAGAGCUGAUUAUGAUACCAUUAACGCUCUGCAAUUUUCAAGAAAUGGUGUGUUCUUAGCCUCUUGCGCCGGAAGGGAUGCAAUCAUAUGGGGGGUGCAGGGACUUCAUGUCAGCUUUCUCCGUCACUUGACUGGACAUGGGUGCUUUAUCAUCAACGAUAUAUGCUGGAAUACAAAGGACACAGAAGUGCUUACGUGCGCUGAAGAUGGAGCUAAAAGGUGGGAUGUUUUCACCGGAGAGUGUCUGUCCACUUUCAACAAGAGGGGAAUGAUCCGUUGUGUUUGGGUAGAUGAUGGUGUUUUUACUGCACAUUGGCUGGGGAUAACUAUGUGGAGUGUUUAUGGAGAGGAACUAAAUAGAUGGGAUAUGAAAGGGGAAUCAUGGAGUGUUCGAGGACAGGACCUAAGAGGAGAAGUAAAAAUAUGGGAAAUGAAAGGGGAUAAUUUGCUGAUACCAUUUAUUGGAUCAACUUUGAGGAAGGAGGUUGUAUACGCCCAGGAAGACUCCACAAUCACACUCUUAGGCUGGGAAACUGGGAAAGUACGAACCGUUAUGGAAAAUGGCAAAAAGGUAAUUUCAGUUGCAUUGUCAAUGGACAGCAAAUUUUUACUUGUAUCUCUGGACAACAAUACCGUAAAUCUCUGGAAUAUUGAUGGCCGUACAAAACAUAUGAAAAUGUUUCAUGAUGAUGAGAUGCAAGACAUUGAUUGUGGAGUUUGUUUCGGGGGAUGUAAUGAAGCGUUUGUAGCAUGUGCCAACAUUGAUUCGCGAGUGCGUAUUUGGCACAGAUCCUCAGGGGAGUUGGUAGCCACUCUCAGGUCCAUAGAUGGAGGUGAACCAGAGAGGCGGGUGGCUUGGAAUCCAGUCAUUCCAACCAUGUUGGUCUCGGGAGGAGAUGACCGAGUGAUCCGGCCGACCACCGUGACCCGUCGGAUUGGUGCCGAUGAGCCACGACCGCCGCGACGAGCCAAUCGAGCUCGACGAUGGACUGCCGACCCAGACUCCGUGACGCGACUGCCAAGCCCAGCCCCGGCGACCAACGCGAUCAACCCGGCACCACAACAGCACCACCGCGACGCCGAGAUCCCGGCCACCCCGUGA